GACAAGGCGUUUGCUGUCAAAUUCACGUAAACAUGUAUUUUAUUUUAUUUUAGCUUUUUACUACAUAAAAUGUAAGCGAUUAAUUAUUAUAUAAAAUGGCUCAAGGAGUUUUGAGCUCGGAUAUAUCCAGGAAAAAUCCUCAGGACGAUUACGAAUUGAUCCAGAGGAUUGGGAGUGGAACUUAUGGCGAUGUGUAUAAGGCUAAACGAUUAUCGACUAACGAGUUGGCAGCAAUUAAGGUUAUUAAAUUAGAAGCUGGAGAUGAUUUUGGCAUCAUCCAGCAGGAGAUUCUUAUGAUGAAAGAUUGUCGACACCCUAAUAUUAUUGCUUAUUAUGGUAGUUAUUUGAGACGUGACAAGUUAUGGAUUUGUAUGGAGUAUUGUGGUGGAGGGUCCCUCCAAGACAUUUACCACAUUACUGGACCUCUAGCUGAAGUCCAGAUAUCUUAUAUGUGUCGAGAAACACUACUGGGUCUAUGUUAUUUACACGGGAUGGGAAAAAUGCACAGGGAUAUCAAAGGGGCUAAUAUUUUACUCACAGAAUCUGGGGAUGUUAAAUUAGCUGAUUUUGGGGUUUCUGCUCAAAUUACUGCAACUAUAAAUAAAAGGAAAUCAUUCAUUGGAACACCAUAUUGGAUGGCACCGGAGGUUGCAGCAGUUGAAAGAAAAGGUGGUUACAAUCAGCUAUGUGAUAUUUGGGCUAUAGGUAUUACGGCUAUAGAACUGGCUGAGUUACAACCUCCCAUGUUUGAUUUGCAUCCGAUGCGGGCAUUGUUUUUAAUGUCGAAAAGUGGAUUCAAGCCACCCACUUUAAAAGACAAGGAAAAAUGGAGCCCGACAUUUCACAAUUUUAUCAAAGUGGCCCUAACAAAAAACCCUAAAAAGAGACCCACAGCAGAGAAAUUAUUGCAGCAUGCUUUUUUUCAAGGAGAUAUGAGUAAAAGACUGGCUCUAGAGUUAUUGCAAAAAGUUAAUAAUCCUUCGCAUAUGUUUGCCGAUUUGGAGGCGGAUGAAGACGGGGCAGUGCCUAAUGUCCCUCAACGUAUAGCAUCACGACUGACUACGAGACCAAAAGAUAUGCACGUUAUCGAUAAGGCCAACAAUUCCUUGCAGCAGCUUGAAGCGAGUAACGAAGUAGUGGACGAUCCUACCCAACCCUGGAACCUUACCGACGUCAUGAACAACGUCACCAGCGUUCACAAUUGCGUGGAGCACCAGAACAAGAAAUGGGGUAUUGGGGCAGCCUUUGAUUCGCUGAAUCGAGAGAAUUCUGAACGAAAAUCCUUAACCGGCUCGCAAAUUUUGAGAAUGUCUUUGAGGAGUCUCUUGCAGUACAUAGACGAAGAACUAAUGAUGAGGGGCACGUUCAAGUACGGACAUUUGGACUACGAGCAACAAGCCACGCUGCCUGUCCAGGACACCGAGGCCAAGUGCGACGACAUCCUCCCCUGCGACGACCUCGCCCUCAACGGCUCGCCGCGACGUCACUCUUCCGUGGACGAGAUUUUCGGCCUGGUCAGCUCGAUGAACAUGAACGGCCAGCGGCAGAGGUCGCUUAGCGACAGCUCGAGGGCGGAGCGUAGCGGCGGGGGCGGGGCGAAUAAUGCGGCCGGCGAAUCGAAACAGAACGCGAACAAUCACGAGGCUAGCGGUGCUCCUGACCUGGUGGCUUGUCCGCCGGUGCCGCCUAGGAAGCACAGGAGAAGGCACACGCCGCCUAGGCCGCCUAGUAAUGGGCUGCCGCCUACACCGAAGGUUCAUAUGGGAGCAUGUUUCUCUAAGGUGUUUAACGGUUCCCCGCUUCGAAUUUACUGCACUGCCUCCUGGAUUCAUCCGGAAACCAGAGACCAGCACAUCCUGAUCGGAGCCGAAGAAGGAAUUUACAAUUUAAAUUUGAACGAAUUGCACGAAACUUGUAUAGAUCAGUUGUAUAAUAGGAGGACGGUGUGGAUGUACGUCAUCAAGGACGUUUUAAUGACGUUAUCAGGAAGUAAAUCGCCUCAGCUCUACAGGCACGACCUUCUAGCCCUACAAAGCAAACAGUCGCACAGGUUCAGUUUGCACAUGAACCGCAUACCAGAAAAACUAGUACCUAGGAAGUUUGCACUCACCACCAGAGUACCGGAUACCAGGGGCACCUUGAAGUGUUGCGUAGCUAGGAACCCGUACAACGGGUACAAGUACCUUUGCGGAGCUACGUCGGCCGGUAUAUAUUUGAUGCAGUGGUACGAUCCGUUGAACAAAUUCAUGCUGCUAAAGCAUGUGGACUCGGUUUUGCCGAAUCCGCUUAACGUUUUCGAAAUGAUCAUCACUCCGGAACUCGAGUAUCCUAUGGUGUGCGUGUCUAUCAAGCAGGCGUACCAAGCCAAUAGAUUUAAGUUAGAUUUAAUUAAUAUGAAUUCGGGGGCCAGCUGGUUUCAUUCGGACGAACUGCAGGACAUGGACGGCACUGCCACCAUCAUCCCGAAACGGGAGAACCUGAACAUAGUGAACGUGACGCAGCUCGACAAAGAUUCGAUUCUAGUCUGUUACGAUAACGUAAUUAGGAUCAUAACGCCGCAGGGCAAAAUUAAAGUUAGCAAGAAGCAAGUGUCGGAUCUGAGGUUCGAUUUUAAGAUAGAGAGUAUAUUAUGUCUUCCCGAUAGCGUCCUAGCCUUCUACAAGCACGGUGUGCAAGGCAGGUCGCUGAGAAAUGGUGAGAUCACUCAAGAAAUUACAGAUACGUCCAGAACAUACAAAUUGUUGGGUUCAGACAAGGUAGUAAUGUUGGAAAGUAAUCUGUUAAGAAGUGGUACGCUGACCAAUGAGGAAGGCCACGAUUUGUAUAUUCUCGCCGGUCACGAAGCUAGUUACUAAAAAGUAUUUGGAGAUAUCACCGCUCAUCGAACUUGAACAUUCGCUUUGCUUUAGUCAAAUCAUUGGUCUAAUCAAAUCUUAACCUUUCAUAGAAUAGAAUUUUCCUUAGGUCGAAUUUUAUAGAGAGAAAUAAGAGUAUAAUAUACAUAAAUAUAUUAAACAAAUAUUAGGAAAAAAAGAAUAAAAAUUGCGAUGAUAAACUUAGCGGCGUUUUUUAGAGAUUUUUGAUAAUACACUGUGUCCGAGAAACUCGGAAUGACAAGAUUUUUUUUUGGCAAUAAAAGUCUCUGUAUAUUAUAUCACUAUCGAUAUUGUCCUAAUAUCGAUACUUUCUAAUUAUCGAUACUGGCAGUAUCGAUUUUCAAUAUCGAUACUCUCUAAGCAUACAACUCUAAAUAUCGAUAAUUUCUGAAUAUCGAUGUUUUCUAAAUAUCGAUACUAAAUAUCGACCCUUUUUAAAUAUCGAUACUUUUUAAGUAUCGACACUUUCUAUCGAUACUUCUUGAAUAUUGAUUCUGACAGUAUCGUUUUUUUAAUAUCGAUACUUUUUAAAUAUCAGUAGCUCUAAAUAUCAAUAGUUUUUCUAAAUUACGGUUCUCCUUAAAUAUCGACAGUUUUCAUAAAUACCGAUACUUUAUAAAUAUACUUAUAAAUAUCGAUAUUUUCUAUUUAUUGAUACUGACAGUAUCGAUAUACUUUCUACAAAUCUACUACACUCUAAAUAUAGAUAAUUUCUGAAUAUCGAUACUUAUCAAAUAUCGAUACUUUCUAAAUAUCGACGCUUUCCAAAUGCUACUUACUUUGUAAGUAUUUUUUAGAUGAGCAUCGAUAAUUAUCGAUACUGAUUAUAUCGAUAUUUUUUAAAUUCUUCUGUAUUAGAUAGAAAAAAGAUAUAUAAAAACAUAGUUAUUAUUUUGUGUUCUUAUAGUCUCUAGAGUAAAAUGGUCUAAUUAAAAAAACAAAGGGUAGAGUUUAUUUUAAAAAUAUUGUUUAGUAGAGAAAAUAAAUGUUACAUUUGAAGUGGUAGUCGUAGAUGAAGAAAAAGAUUGUCCGAAUUUCUUGAACACACUGUAUACUUACUUUGACAGUAAGAACGUUACGAGUACCUUCUUUAGAAAGAAAAGAAAAUAAUAAUACAGAUAAAUAUAAAUAUUUUACCGUGAAGAAGUGGUAUUUUUUAGAAGAGAGAUCGUUUAAAUAAUAAUACAAACAAAAAUAUAGUAGAUUGAAAAAUCAUAUACAUAUAUUUUCGUGAUUAAUGAGUAAAAUUAUAUUUUAAAUAAACCUUCGAGGACAAAAGUAUUGUAGAUUUAUCGUUAAGACUAUAAUAUGCUGUAGAAAUUAUGUUUUUUUUUCGAUGAUUAUUGUUUAAAAUUGAAGAUAGGUUUUUACAUGUCAGUCUCACAGAAGCAGUCUGACUGAUUCAGAAUGUUCCUGAACGAAUAAUGAACGUGAGAAUAUAUUUUCAGUGAAAUUUCUCAGUAUUUUCACACUUUCGAUGACAGGGGAAGCUCUAGUUCUACUUUUGUUCAUUUUGACUGAACUGUGAUUACAGUCUGCAGUUUUUUUUUGUUUUGGGGAAACUGUGACUUGUUAAACUUGAACUUGAACCACGCAUGAACACAAGCGUCGUUUUCCGUCUUUGUAUCAGCGACAUUAAACCAGACUGCUUCAGCAAACUGACAAGUGGGAACCCGCCUUAAGAAGCAGACUAAUAAAGGGUACGAUUUUUGCGCCAAACUAUGCAAUGUAAUUUAAUAAAAACAAGAUUUUAUCAAAUAUUAAAUGUGAACUGAUCUUCUAGCGUUGUCUGUAUUAUAGCUUGUAAGAUACAAAUAUACAGGGUGGUUCUUAAAUAAGUGCAAAUACUUUAAUAGGCUGUUAAGCAGAACAACGCCUAUAAGAUUUUUUACGCGAAAACAAACUGGCAUUUUAUGAUACGUUCUAUAGUGAUGGCUAUUGAAAUAUGAAAAUUUAUUUUUUGAAUUCAUAAGCUUAAAUAACUCGGCUAUUUUGGAUUUGUUCGAAAAAUAGAAAAUAUUUUUUUUUGGAAAUUUACAACUCAUGAAAAUGUUUGAAAUUAUUUAAGUAACACCCUGUGUAUAUGUAGCUAUGAAGAAGAUAAAAUUGAGGCGUCUAAAUUAAUAAUUAAGAAACUUACUUCAUUUUGCCGUUUUGAAUCACGUUGUAUAAAAAAGAGCUGUCAGAAAAUAAAAGUGCUGUCAGUAUCGACAUUUUCUAAAUAUCGAUACUUCCUAAAUGUCGAUAUUUACCAAUUACCAUUUUCCAAAAUGUGGAUGCUUUCUAAAUAUCGAUACAUUUAAAAUAUUGAAACUUUCUAAAUAUCGAUAUUUUUUAAAUGUCAAAACUUUCUAAAUAUCGAUAUUUUCUCAUUAUUGAUAUUUUUAAUGACAAAGCUUUCUAAAUAUUGAUACUUUCUAAAUGUCGAUAUUUUCUAAAUAUCGAUACUUUCCGAAUAUCGAUAUUUUCUAAAUAUCAAUAUUUUCCAAAUGUAGAUGCUUUCUAUAUAUCGAUACAUUUAAAAUAUAGAAACUAUCUAAAUAUCGAUAUUUUUUAAAUGUCAAAACUUUCUAAAUAUCGAUAUUUUCUAAUUAUUAAUAUUUUUUAAUGACAAAGCUUUCUAAAUAUCGAUACUUCCUAAAUGUCGAUAUUUCCUAAAUAUCGAUACUUUCCGAAAAUCGAUAUUUUCCAAAUAUCAAUAUUUUCCAAAUGUGGAUGCUUUCUAAAUUUCGAUACAUUUAAAAUAUCGAAACUUUCUAAAUAUCGAUAUUUUCUAAUUAUUGAUAUUUUAAAUGACAAAGCUUUCUAAAUAUUGAUACUUUCUAAAUGUCGAUACUGUCUAAAUAUCGAUACUUUUUAAAUGCUGUUACUUUCUAAGUAUCGACAUUUUCUAAAUAUCGACACUUUUUAAAUGUCGAUACUGUCUAAACAUCGACACAUCCUCCUAAAUCUGGAAACUUUCUAAAUAUCGAUAUUUUUUAAUUAUUGGCUUUUUCUAAAUAUCGAUAAUUUCUAAAUGUCGACGUUUUCUAAACGCCCACACUUUCGAAAUAUAAAUCAGAUCUUAAUAUCGAUACUUUCUAAAUUUCGAUACUGACAGCAUCGACUUAACUGUCUCAAUUGUAUCUAUUCAUAGUUGAUAAUUUUUUUUGUUAGAUGAAAAAUAUAAUUAUUGAAUAUCUAAAAUAUUUCGAAAUAAAAAGAGAUUUAGUAAAGUCUGUCCAGCAAGUGAUGCAACGAUUCUGACAGACGAUAUAUACAAAACAAUGACAGAAAAUACAAUUUUCUUUUGAAUUAAAAUGAUAGAUAACAACUAGCACUGUCUUAUAUUCCCACGUUCAACAGACAGUUAAUAAGAUAGUCAACAAAUGAUUUUUAUCUAAACUUUUUUUUAUAUUUCUAAAGAUUUUAGAUAUAAAUACGUUCAAGCUCAACUAACUCUAGUUCAAUAUGACUGUUUCUUUUUAUUUUUUCGUCUCCAUCCUAACGUAAGCAUAUAAACAUUGUAUAUAGACCCGAACACUACUCUAACUUUAUAUAUACAUAUAGCAGGACCUUAAAAAUAUCUAUAUUUUUAUUUCGCACCCCUGCAUUACAUUUAGAAAUUAUAUAUCUGUAAAUAGUGUAGUAAUAAUUUAUGUUUAUGUAACUUAUAUAAUUUUUAAUCGUCUGAAAAGCAACAACUUAGAUACAUUAUUACUAUUAUUAGUUUUUUUUAUGUUUUUUUUCUAGGACUGUUAAUAUUUUUUCGCAAUUAAAAAGACUUUAGUUAAAAUAAAAAAGAACCAAAUUGUAAAAUGUAGGAUUUGAAGGUACGUUUAAUCAUUUUACCUCUCACAAUAAUAUACUUUUGUGCUUGAACAAUUUGGAUGUUACAAUAAAAUUAAAUAAGAGUAAUUGUUAUGAAAGUUAUGCACA